CCCUGGUGCCACCCAUCUUUCCAGCAUGUAUGUACUUCAAGCUGUCCUCAGUGCACCAGAAUGGGUAGAAGGCAAAUCCUACAGAGGGUCACACACAGCUGGAGGGAAAACACAGAGGAGUAAUUUGCUGACAGACAAGCAGGGAUGGACCUGUUUUCAGCUCUGUCACUGGAAACCUGGGUUCUCCUGGCAACCAUCCUGGUGCUCCUAUAUAGGGCUUAUGACUUGGAGUGCUAUAAAAAGUAUGGAAAAAUAUGGGGGUUGUUUGAUGGUCAAGUGCCUCUGUUUGCCAUCACAGACCCAGAGAUGAUUAAGAAUGUGCUUGUGAAGGAAUGCUUCUCUGCCUUCACAAACCGGUGGUACUCUUUCCAUUCCUCAUACCAGUAUAUGAGAUGUUAAACAUCUCUGUGUUCCCAAAGGAUUCAAUAGCAUUUUUCCAAAAAUUUGUGGACAGAAUGAAGGAAAACUUCCAGGAUUCUAAGCAGAAGCACCGAGUGAAUCUUCUCCAGCUGAUGAUGAAUGCUCAUAAUAAUUCCAAAGACAAUGAGUCUCAUCAAGCCCUGUCCGACACAGAGAUCACAGCCCAGUCAAUAAUCUUUAUUUUUGCUGCCUAUGAAUCCACCAGCAACACGCUUUCCUUUGUCCUGUAUUCCCUGGCCACUCACCCUGAUAUCCAGAAGAAGCUGCAGGAGGAGAUCGACAGGGCUCUGCCCAAUAAGGCACCUCCCACUUACGAUAUUGUGAUGGAAAUGGAGUACCUGGAUAUGGUAUUGAAUGAAACCCUCAGAUUAUACCCAACUGCUGCUAGACUUGGGAGAGCCUGUAAAAAAGAUGUUGAAAUCAAUGAUAUACUUAUACCCAAAGGGUCAGCAGUGAUUGUACCAUGUUAUGCUCUUCACCAUGACCCAGAACACUGGUCAGAACCUGAGGAAUUCCACCCUGAAAGGUUCAGCAAGGAGAACAUGGGCAGCAUUGAUCCUUAUGUAUAUCUGCCCUUUGGAAAUGGACCCAGGAACUGCAUUGGCACGAGGUUUGCUCUCAUGAGUAUGAAACUUGCUCUCACUAAAAUUCUGCAAAACUUCUCCUUCCAGUCGUGUAAGGAAACACAGCCCUGUCCACUGGAGACUGGCUAUGUCAUGUUCCAUCAAGAGAUACCUCUGAAAUUAUGCGGAAAGCCAUGUCUUAAACCAAUAAAACCCAUUGAUGUAAAGGUUGUGCUACGAGAUGCAGUCAUAACUGGAGUGUGACUUUAUCUUAAGGAGUUCUGCUGUAAAUGUGGUGUGUAAGAACACCGGACUCUCUAAUUUACCUAAUGAAUAAAACCCAUAAAAUGAUGGAGCUUAAUUGGCAGGUCUUGAUGCAUGGUUAAAGAUUUAGUAUAUCUAUUGAGCUUCUCAGUGUAGAUACAAAGAACCAUCUAAUAUAAAGGAGAUAAGUCAGUGAUAGAACAAGAAAUUUAUUGUUUAUCAUGUGACCACUUACAUCCAAAUCUAGUUGUCUCCAUCAAUUUCCUUUGAGCUCUUUUGAAAGUAACCAUGUCCCUUUAAUUUGAUCAAUAAUUUUUUGAUUAAAAGGUGAACUAUAGUGACAACUCUAAUUGUAGAAUUGGUGUCAGAUGAUUUACUUGCAGUUUUGGACAAUAAAUAUUACACAGAAAAUAUAAAUAAACAUCUUUUUAAAAAUCUUAA